AUGACACAAACGCGCAAUAAUAACAACAACGACGACGACGACGACGACGACAAUUGGGGCUCAGCAGUGAAAUAUGGGAAAAACAGCGGGUCUACAACAACUGAGGACUCCCACGGAAUAAUACCAAUAAAAGGAGGUCCGUGGAUCAACCAGCUUCACUCAAUAGAACUGAAAGAUGCAAUUGCAUCUCCUGCUGUAAUAAUACCAAUAAAAGGAGGUCCACGGAUCGACUAG